AUGGCUAACGGAUACGCUCGUCUGCCCGGCGAACUAAACGCUCUUCCCAAAAGCCGGAACAGGUCGCAGACAACCGUCGGUCUUCCACCCACUCCAUCGCCUCAAAAGAAACGCGCAUCGUCUUUCUACCCUCCUCGCGGUUCGGACUUUCUUGACGAGACGAAUCCCGACCCCUUCUACCUCGAACACUCUCUUGCCAACGCCUCCAGCUGGGGAUCCGAUAAACAGAGCCUCCGCAAUGCGAGAUCGGGCGAGAACAUUCAGAAAUACUUUAUGCUGUCCGCCGUGAAUCAAUCCUGCAAAGACGUCACCGUUCCAGCUGCCGCGCCUCGUACCAUUAAAUCACAAGCAAACAUUGAUCGUUCAACACUGUCGGUAGUCGAACUCGAACAUCAACUGAGCCUACAGCAGCUUGGAACCCAGCAGUGGGGAGAUUCUCAGACGGAGUCCACCCCAGACCUUACACCAAGCAGCUCGUUCUCUUCAAACCAUUCAAGUCCCAUUUACCCAGACCCGGUUGUUAAAGCCACCGAACAACUCUACCGUCUAUCCAAACAAGCCCAAGAUCCUAUUGUGAACCGCGCAUAUCCAUACUCAACGGCAUUGAAUCAGUCUGAAGCAACCAUACCCACGGAGCCAUCGUCUCCAAUCCGAGACACAAAACCUGAGCGUGUGCCAACCGCCUCUUCAGAAACUGUCACGAUGCUCCCCAGAAGUUACGAGGCGUCGUCUCUACGUGGAAAGCCUCUUCCAUCCCUACCUGCAGUUCCACGCCCUAGCACGUCCCACCCGUCGAAGAAGCAACCGCCCAGUCGAUUGGUUAUAGAGCCUUCGAUGAUAUCUCCUCCUAGCCUUAUUAACCCUGUGACGCUGGAACCUCAUCGGUCCCAUUUCGACCAAGCCUUGUUCAUCCCUGCAAAUGAAUGUCCUAGCCCAAUGCCUAGUCCGGGACCGCCGUCACCUUCAGUUGACCGUCAUCCGCAGGUCCCGUCAAUGAGAGAGCGGCCUUCCACAUCUGCCUCAGAGAUGCGUCCGGAGCAGUCCGUUUGGGAGUCUGACUCCGAAACCGAAGAUUCAGAUCCUAGAUCUCUUUCUCGAAAGCCGAUGGAUACCUUGAAGAAGGUCCGUAGUCGAGUACAGUUGCGAGUUGCAAAAUCUACACCUAAGCUGCAGAAUAAUACAGCACAAAACAAUGCAGCCCUAGAGAAAUUCCCAACAAUGCCGGAUCCACCUUCCCAGGAGCGUUGCUCAAGUCCCUUGAAGACAGCCCUUCAGACUCGUCCAGGCAAGGACAUCCUGCGGCCAACCGCCCAUCAAACCCUCCGCUUAGUCGCACCAUCGACUACUUCUCUGGUUCCGCCUCGAUCGCGCUGCAACAGUGCCAAGUCGCAGACCUAUGGUAUAGACCGUUCAACGGCAGCUGCAGCAAUCCAGGCCAAGUCUCGUCGCCGUCAACGGUCUAUAAGUCCAGAGACUUCGCUUUCCGCCGAAAGGGAGAAGGUUUGUACUUUCUGCCGCGAGGAGCGAUCCGAUCGAACCUUCCAUCACGGCCUUACUCUCUCGCGCCCGCCUCUAUACAAACGAGUCUGGGAAUCCUUGCGAGUGCUCGCAUGCCACGGUGAAAUAACAACUACGCGUCCUCGCAAAGGAAUAUGA